AGAAAAACGUUGACCUCAAAACCGAAAAUGAGUUCAACAAUGUCACACAAGAACUCGCGUAACAGGUCGUCACUCACACGUAGUUCGUCUGUGUCUAAAGAACCUCUUCUAACUAACGUUGAAGAAGAGAGCGAAGAUCAGGUCUUUAGCGAUUCCAUUACCUCGAACAUACGUUACGGAUUCUAUUCUAAGUCUUUUCGAAACCCCGGAGACGUUACUAUGGGGGAAACACACACGGAAACGCCGUAUAAUCGCAGAGAGUUCAGUCGACGCGAAAUCCUGAAGGCUAAGUUGAAAUACCAUUUUAUGAAUCCAUGGCGGAAAUAUAAAGCCAGAAAACGAAAGCCUUGGAAGCUUUUGAUACAGAUUUUUAAGAUUAUUAUUGUUACUGUUCAGGUUGGCUUGUUUGGCAAUGAUAGGUUUUCUGUGGUGCAGUUUGCUGAAGAGAAUCACCAAGCGUUGCAGUAUCUCUUCUUGAAGGACUACAAUGGUGAAGCAGAUAAUGCCGCUAUAGUGUACACCAGGGAUGAAGUUUAUUCAUAUCUGCAUUAUGCCCAUGAACAGUAUUACAAUAUAUUUGACGCUGUUGGUUCCUAUGACUACGAAUCAAAGGAUGCCGACGGGAAUCCCCCACAUGUUGUCCUGUGUUACCGACGCUUCAAGAACUUCACAGUGGGUUCAAAGGAUAAUCUACUGGUAUUCGUGCCUGACACUGUUUCAGAAUGUCAAAAACUUCCAAAGCCAAUAGAAAACAAACAUUAUAUCAAGAAUGAUUCAUUUCAGUUUGGAAUGCUACUGAACCUAAACCUGUCUUUUACUCUUAAUGCAAUCAACUUAAGGGGAGUAAAAUCAUGGGAUAAGCCUGCUUGUUAUUCCUUAAAAGUCACUAUAAACUUUGAUAACACCAAGCUUGAUGGACAAAUGCCAAUCAGUCUUGAUAUGGAAAAUAGUUGGUUAAAAUGUGAAGAUGAUUCUGAGAUCAAAACCAGUGAUGAAGAAGUUGGUCACCUCAUUGCUAUUGCUUUUCUUGUAUUUGGUGUCAUUGUAAUCGUCAUAUCCACAUUAUCUCUGAUCCUGUGCCUGAGGUCUCUAUACAAGUCUAUUCACUUGGCGAAGGAGGCAAGACUUUACUUUGAGGAAGAACAGCACAAUCCACUUACGUUAUCUGAAACCAUGGAACUGUUUAACUUGUGGUUUAUUGUCAUCAUUGUAGCUGACUUACUUACUAUAUUAGGAUGUACUUAUAAAAUUGCUAUAGAACAAAGGGAUGGUGACUAUUAUGACGUGUGUAGUGUCCUCUUUGGUCUUGCUGUCUUACUCGUCUGGUGUGGUCUUCUAAGGUUUUUACAGUAUUUUAAACAAUACAACACACUACUCGUUACGAUCAAGGCGGCUGGCCCCAGUGUUCUUCGGUUCUGUGUCUGUAGUGGCGUCUUGUUUGUUGGCUUCACCUUGUGUGGUUGGAUUGUGCUUGGACCCUACCACCCCAAGUUCCGCGACACCACUGUUACAGCGGAGUGUCUGUACUCGCUCGUCAAUGGAGACGACAUGUUCAACACCUACGCAUUGGUCAACCCUAAAAACCAAGCUAUCUGGAUCUACAGUAAACUCUACUUGUACAUAUUCAUCUCUCUGUUUAUCUAUGUGGUCCUCAGUUUGUUUAUUGGUAUCAUUGGUGAUACUUACGAGAGACUCAAGGAUAUGGGUCAGUUGCCAGCUUCAAGAUUACAAACAUUUUUAGAAGAAAAUCAUCGGGAAACUAGACAAGCUGGUAAUGCUACACAGUCUUCAGCAAACGAGAAUAACACGGCUAUUCUAGUGUCUUCAACCACUACAAAUGAUUCCAUGUACAGACGAGUGUCUAUGGAAUCAACGGGAGUUGAGUGAAGAUUAUGAACCUUUUGGGGAGGCAUGAAUUCAAAAAUAAAUAUAUAAUUAUAUGGAAGCAUUGACAUUUUGGAUCCAUAUCUAGGAAAUACCAUUUGCGGUCUAUUUAUUUUGCGGAAUUCUAAUUCACACCGCACAGGAUUAUGGGGCUAAAGGUCUCCAAUCCCACAAUUCCAAACACGGUGAGUUCGAUACCAGUCUUGCUCAAACCUAGUCUCAGUCUUGUCGCGUGCUCGUUCAUUCCACCAUAUAAAUUCAUUUACUUAGUUGUAUAUAAUAUAAAGAAUUGUAUGAAUAAAUGAUUUCCUAACAAA